AUGGGGGAGCUGCCCACUGAGUACGAGAAGAAUGCUGGGGAUGAAGAAAAGCUUAGUCCUUGGUUCCUUGAAAAUCAGGAUAAUCGACCUAGCAAGAAACGAGGUCGAGGGCCAGCUAAGGGCACGUUAUUUGACCGACUUAGGAAGGUGGGUAAGAUCCCUCUGGUUAUACAAGAAGGUCAUCGAGGGCCAUUAUGUGAGAAUGCAUCAAUAUUCACGGGCCGAUUGACAUGGAUUAUUAAGGUACAUGCCGACAUGAGGCAUGCUAGUUGGAGUUUAGUACCCGAAGAAGAAAAGCAAGAGCUCAUUGACCGUGUUAGGGCAGAUUUUGUUCUCGAUUGGUCGAGAGACAACCAUCGUGAGAUGGUUGUAACACAUUUGGGCGAUAAGUAUAAUGCAUAUCAUUAUACACUACACAAAGUGUAUUUGAAAUAUGCUUCACACGAAGAGGCCCUACGGGGUGGGACGGACAUGGUCUCCAAACCGGUAUGGGAAAAGCUAUGUGAACGGUGGGCAAGUCCAACAUUCAAGAGGGGAUUGGCGCUGGAUAUGAUAGCAUUUUUUAAGGAAACACAUUGGUCAACACAAAAAGGUCAAUUCAUCAAUGCAGAUUCUGAACACAAAUAUGUAAGACAUCUUCCUUGUUGCUCAUUUGACAUACCCAGUGGAUUAAAUUUAAUGGUUGAAAGGUUAGCUGAGAAAGAUAGUGAUGAGGAUGUAGUCGAAGCAGCUGAGAGCAUCUUCAAAGAAGUGUUGGGACAAAGAUCUGGUUAUGCUCAAGGAAUGGGGCAUAUGGUGAUUCCGGACCUAUCUCCUUCAAUGAAGAAUAGUCGAGCAUUUGUUCGUCUAGCAGAGGAGAAUCAACGCCACAAGAGUGAGGCUGAAAUGUACAAGAGCAAGCUAGAUCAAAUGAUGGGUGAUAUUGCUGCAUUGAGGCAGAAUUUUUCAGAGCAUGAGAAACUGUUAAUGAGCUAUCGCCAAAGUGAGUUAGAGAGAGGAAGUGAGUCUCAUAGAGAGACUCAUCAAGAUGCUUAG